AUGGCGCCCCCCGACAGAGAAGCCCGCCGCCAGAUACGCCAGCGUGGCGCCGGCAACCGCAACCUCGCAAACGCAAACUUCGGCUUCACAUUCGGCGCGCCGCCCGCCGCGGCCGCACCGCUACAACCGCGAGCUUCUGCGCGUCGCACGCCCGCCAGACUCACGCAACAGCCUUCAUCUCGCCGGACACCGAAGACAUUGGCGCCGAGAGCGUCGGCGAGGAAGACGCCGGUGAGGUCGGAGAAGAUGGGUAACACGCCCGGUAAAAUGAAAACCCCUAGCCGGCUCGAGACGUACUUUCCGCAGGGUACCGCGAGGAGGCCGGGUAGGAGUAGUAGCGCGUCGGCGGUGGCGCUGGGGAGUGCUGUGCAGGGGAGUAGCGGGAAGUUACGCGCUAUCAGGACACCUGGGCGACCUGGACAACAGACGGUUGCGACGCCGAGUGUGACGGGGAAAAGGAAGAGGGGAGGGGCGCUGGAUGCGGUUGUGGAGGCGGAGCAAGAGCUGGAUGAGCUUGGCGGAGGGAGUGUGGAGGGGAGAACACCCGUGAGGAGGAGGACUGGUGAGGGGGUCGCGAGGGCAAGCACAGCAAGGCGGAGAGCGGUUCAAGUGAGGAAUGAUGAGCGGGAAGACCUGGAUGAGCUUGGCGGAGGAGAUGAGGAGCAUAUGCUGUCAAGUGGGAAGAGGGGGACGGAGAUGCGUGCUGGAUCCGUCUUGUUACGGCCACUACUUCCGGCACAGGGCGAACCAGACGAGUUGGAGAGCCCUCUUAUUAGUUCCAGGCGGCUGGCACGCGAGCCACAGGCAGCCCAUAACAAUGCGGACGGAGAACCUGCAGUGCAGAAUGGGCCAGGCGUCAGCGAAGUCAUUGACACAACCAACGUUCCGAGGAAGCGAGGCAGAGGAAGGCCACGCAAAGCCGUAUUUGCGGUAGAAGACGUAGAAAGACUUGAGGCGGAACCAGAUGCUGUUUCUAAUGGAGUAGUGGAAGAUUCAUCGCGGAUUUCCGCUAAAACACCCGCCCGCCGUACUUUCGGGAGCGAAGAGCGUCAAGAAGCCGAUGCCGAAAGCGCGGACGAGCUUACACCCGCCGAGUCGAGACGCAAGGGAAGGGCUGUCCGGGGAGCACCAAAGAGUCAGACCCCAGCAUCAAUGGAUGUCGCUGAUGCACAAAGCUCGGAUGACCUAUCACCAGAUAAACCGGUAUUCAGCGCCGGCCGGCGGAAGUCGCUUCAUGAACGUCAGUCGCAGCAUGAGUCUGGUCGAGAGGGUGAGAGCGACGAUGAGCUGUCCCCUGAGAAGUCAGAGCAAACUGCCGCACAACGACAAACUACGAGCAGACCAAGUCGAGACCGAGCACAGCAGCAGAGAAGCAGACUCGAAUAUUCCCCGGUCGAGAAAGACAGACUCAAAGCUACUAAGAAGACAUCCACCGAAAAGUCACUUUUUGUAGGCGCCAAACCAUCAUCAGACGACAUCGAAUCAGAAACACCACCUGCUCCCUCCCAGUCCAGACACGACUCCAUCCCUCCAAGACCAGCUAACACGGCGUCCACUAUCACCAAACCCCUCAAACGCCGCGCAGACGCCAUCUCUAAACCAUCGCAACCCGCAAAACGGCGGAGAAGCUCGGCCGCCGCCACCGUCCCGAUAACAGCUUACCGCCUCUCCAAGCCCUCCACCCUCGAACCCUCCGUGAACUACCCCGCGCCCCGCAUCCCAAUCCUCAACGCCAUCGACGUCCUCGCGCAAGUAACCUCCGAAAUCUCCGCCCGCCUCUCCGACAACCUCGCGCUCCAAUCCCAGCGCCAGCCCUCCUCCGACGCGCGCGCCCGCGCUCUCCUCCGCCGCAAACGGGCCACUGUGCGCACAUUCUCGGCGCACCUGUCCGACGCGCUGUUCGGGCUUACCGAAGCCCUGGAUGCGGGAGCCGCGCUGCAGAGCCGGCUGCGGGCGGCGCGGAAAGAGAAAGUGGCGCUGAGGGAGGAGUUGCUGGAUGUGCGGAGGCGGCGCCAGGAGGUGCUGGUCCGCAUGGAUCAGGUGAGGGCGGGGCACGCCCGGGCCCAGAAGGAGGAGGGGGAGAGGGAGGCGCUGAGUGAGGGGUUAUUUGAUAUUGAGGUGGCAGUGCAGAGGGGGAGGGAGAGUGCUGGGGCGAAGGGCCGGGGAGAAGAGGGACCGGAGGAGGGUGUCGAGGGGGUGGUUCGGGGGUUGGUGGAGGCUGGGAUUAGCGCGAAAGGAGAAGGAGGGAUGCUGGUGAGGGUGAGGGCUGUUAAUGCGUUUUUGGAACGGGCGGCUGCGGUGCUUGAGGGGAGAGCAUGA